AAUUCAUUGUUUUUAUUUCCGUGACGAUUUGUUUUAAUUUACAACGUGUCCUAUUCCUUUCAAUUCUUGUAAUGUUACCAAAAACACCCAAGCCUGCAAUUUGGAGAUUCAUCAAGGGUAGCGCCAAGACUCUGUUUGUAGUGGAGGCUGUCUGUUUUGCGGCCAGCUACGGAGUCUAUUACCGCAUGAACACGAAUCGAGAGUUCCGUCAGCAUAUACACGAGAACUAUCCCUUUGUGCUUGAUUACUAUUACAAAAUCGGCGAGAUAGUCGGCGAUAACAAGGCUCGUCAGACGGACGCCAAUUAUUGGGGCACCCUGAAGAAAAGCGACUAA